CACAACGUUAGAUCGACCCACGGUGGCAGCUCGCUCAUUAGCUUCCAUGUGAAUCUACCCUUCACUUCCCUCACCUCCACGAACUGCCAUCUUAGCCGCCCUUGCAGAUAACCGCAUCACUUCGUCGAUUACCGCACUACGGCUCACGUGCCUUUCGUGGACGGCUCACAUACGAUACAAUCAUGGCGGACGAUCAGAUCUCAUUGCCGUACUUUCUGGCGAUCCUAGUGGUCUCGGGUUUGAUAAUACGAUAUCUGUUCUUCGGAGGCCCGUCGCCACCUCAACCUACGCGCUCCCCCGAGGCGUUUAUGAGGUCAAGAGAGGUCGCUGUGGAGAGGAUACAGCAGAUGUUUCCCCAGGCGGAGAGACGGAGUAUUCUUUGGGAUCUGCAACGAAACGGAGGAAACAUCCAGAACACUACGGAGCGCAUCUUGGCUGGCCGAUUAGACACGCCUCCGAUCACCUUCCAACCACCACCUCCUCCCGGUCAAUCCGCCGGCAGCGCCAGCGCAGCAACGGCCCCUCGACAACCGGAGAAGCCGGCGCAGCCCGACCUGAUUACGCGGUACAAUCUGAAGAACAAGCUGGACACCACGCUGUCCAGCGAGCAGGAUAAUCAGGGCAAGGGCUGGAGCUCGAAUCGGGACGAGCGCCAGGCUGCGCUGCAGCGCCGGCGAGACGAGAUGAUCCUCGCGGCGCGGAGGAAGAUGGAGGCCAAGAUGGCGGCGGAGAAGGCUGGCCAGUGAAGCUGAGGCGGAGAGAAAUAAUGGGAUGGGGUAAAUUUACCGGGCAGAUAAUCCAGCGAGAAUUUGCAACGUUGUUGG